AUGGCACCUCUUCCAGCCCACAUCUUGAUUGUCGGAGGAGGGGUGUUCGGAUUAUCUACGGCCCUAUCCCUAUCCAGACGCCAUCCCAACAGCCAAGUCACACUCCUCGAAGCAUCACCCACAAUCCCCAACCCGCACGGCUCGUCCGUCGACAGCUCGCGCAUUAUCCGAGCAGACUACUCUCAUUCUACAUACGCGAAGCUAGCAACAGAAGCAACGGAUCUCUGGCGCCGCACCGAAUGGGGCCGUGAUGGCCGGUACACUCAGAACGGCCUUCUACUUGUCUACCCCGAUGGAGAUUCGACUGCCAAGGACUACACUACAAAAAGCUACCACAACGUCAAGGAGCUCGGCGAGGAUGCCCAAUUCCUCCCCACAAAAGCGGAUGUUCUCCGGGCUGCGCCAGCAUACGGCGAGACUCUCAAUGUAGCAGGGGGUUACGUCAACUGGAGCUCUGGCUGGGCAGACGCAGAAGCGGGUGUGCGCUUUGCAAAACAAAGGCUCGACGAGCAAGGCAAAGUGUGCUUCCUUACCGGCCAAGUUACCCGUCUUCUUUUCUCCGAGAAGGACAACCAAACUGUGACCGGCGUCGCUCUAGCAAACAACACCACAGUCAACGCCGACCUGGUGAUCCUAGCCACAGGUGCCUGGACAGGCGCGCUGGUCGAUCUCCGGGGCCGCGCAGUCUCAACGGGGCAAGCAAUCGCCUACAUGCGCAUUUCAGACGAGGAGCAGCGCCAGCUAGAGAGUAUGCCGACAAUUCUCAACUUUGCGACGGGGAUAUUCAUCAUCCCGCCGCGGAAAAAUGUCCUCAAGAUCGCUCGCCACGCAUACGGCUACCAUAAUCCCAAGGUUGUACCCGUGCCAGGUUCGGCCACGGGCGAGACAAUGAACAUCAGCCUUCCGGAGCAGGGUGUUCCCAUCCCGCUCGAGGGAGAGACCGCGUUCCGCACAGCGCUCGGUCAACUCCUUCCUACCUUUGCCGACCGGCCUUUCAUCAAUACCAGGAUCUGCUGGUACACUGACACACCCAAAGGAGACUUCAUCGUAACCGCCCACCCCUCGUACCCUCACCUCUUCCUUGCAACGGGUGGCAGCGGCCACGCAUACAAGUUCUUCCCCGUCAUCGGCGACAAGGUUGUCGAUGCCCUCGAGGGCACCUUAGCACCCGAGCUCCGUGAUUUAUGGGCAUGGCCUGAGGCCGUGGACGAGAACAAAUUCAAGGGCACGGAGGACGGGAGUCGCUCGGGAGCGAAGGGCUUGUUGCUCCUGGAGGAGUUAGCGAAGGGGAGGAAAGCGGAAAGGAAAGGCGUUCUGUAG